AUGGCGAACAUACCGCCAUUCACUUGCGAAUCAACGAUUCCUCAUCAACUACGUGAACUUCAACUGGUAGAUCCUCACUUUUUAAAACCUGGGGUCAUCGACAUCAUCAUCGGAGCUGACGUCUACGGGAGAAUCAUCAGAGAGAGAAUCAUCGGGUUCAAGGAGACGAAUCUGAUAGCCCAGCAAACCAUCUUCGGCUGGACUAUUUCGGGGCCAGUCUGCGGCACUGACUGUGCUCCGAAUUCAUCAUUGAAAGUAACAAAACAGACGGCAAACCAACAACUCUUGGAACUCCUGAAAAAAAUUUGGACUCAUGAGGAACUACCGGAUACAUCAUCAUCAUCAGUCUUGACGAAGGCUGAAGCGGAGUGUGAACAACACUUUAUCGAGACUCAUCGACGAGAUUCGACGGGACGCUACAUUGUGCGUCUCCCGUUUAAAUCAUCGCCAGCCGCCUUGGAGGAUACAGCAUCAGCGGCCAAGGGACAGUUGCAGAAGCUCAUCCGGCGACUGUCAUCGGAUCCGGACACUCAUUCACGCUACAAGAAAUUUAUCGAGGAGUAUGAGUCCUUGGACCACAUGCAACAAGUAUCAUCGACGUCUGAGCCGGAACGGGCAUAUUAUUUGCCUCAUCACGCAGUGCUUAAACCAGACAGCACAACCAUAAAAUUGAGAGUGGUGUUCGACGCCUCGCAUCGAAGCUGA